AUGCAUAAUCUGUCAACCCAGAGAUAUUGGAUUCCCAUCUUAGCGCAAGCCAUCAUUGCCUCCCGAAUGGUUGCGGGGAUGCGAGCCUUGUGGAAAAAUCCUUUUCUUUUCCAGAUCUCAUGGGAAAUGUUUCAGAUUGAAUAUCCGGCAAUUCUCGGAUACACAUUUGGGGGCACAGUCGUCUCGAUGGGGCCCAAUGUUGAUUCAGUCAAGGUUGGCGAUCGCGUGGCAGUCGCCUGUUGGGGUCGAGCAGCCGUUGAUAGGAGGUUUGGUGCCUACCAAAAGUACCCCCUGGCACUGGAAGAGAACCUCGUGAAACUAGACAGUCAAACUUCCUUGGAGGGAGGGUCUGGCGUGAUGGCCAACUUGGCGACUGUUGUUGCUGCUCUUUCCGUCUGCAUGAAACUCGAUUAUCCUCCGAUCAAUGAGAGAGCCCCCAAAAAUGGCAAGAAGAUACUGAUUUAUGGUGGUUCAUCUUCGGUUGGUGGUUUGGCUGUUCAAUAUGCAACAGACGCUGGGUAUGAGGUCGUGACAACAUCAUCUCCUGCCAACUGGGACUUGGUGCAGCGACGUGGUCCAUCAUCCAUCGUUGACCAUACUCUGCCUAGAGAGCAGCUCCUGGAAUCUAUCAAGGCCAGUGGCCCUUACGACGGAAUAUUCGACGCGAUUGGCUCCGCGGAAGUAACAGAACUUAUGGGCAAGUUGCUCGCGGAAGAUGGUGGCCUUUUCUGGUCGACAAGUCCCACUCCAGCGGACUCACGCCUACCAAAGAAUGUGAAGAAGGAAUGGGGAGGAUACUCGGAUAUCUUAGUGUCAAGGGAUGAAAACAAGGAUGCCAAAGUGUGGUAUCUUCAAGAGUACCUACCUAAAGGCUUGUCUAACGGCAGGAUCUUUUCGAACCCUUCUUAUAUAUUCCCAGGUGGGCUAGAGUCAGUACAGGAUGCACUGGACACUUUUAUGGCCGGGAAAGUCAGUGGAAAGAAAGUCUUUGUCAAUCCGCAGCAUUAG